GAUGGCUAAAUUCUGAGAUAAAAAUUUUAAAAAGAAGGGCUUCCCUGGUGGCGCAGUGGCUGAGAGUCCACCUGCCGAUGCUGGGGACACGGGUUCGUGCCCCGGUCUGGGAAGAUCCCACAUGCCGCGGAGCGGCUGGGCCUGUGAGCCAUGGCUGCUGGGCCUGCGCGUCCAGAGCCUGUGCUCCGCAGCGGGAGAGGCCACAACAGUGAGAGGCCCGCGUACCGCAAAAAUAAAAAAAAAUUUAAAAAGAAGAACACCGUGAGUAUGAAGGCACAACAGGAAAGUCUUUUUCUAGAUGUUGUCUGAUUUCAUUACCAGCCCCCAGGGGACGAACGUUUCAUGAUUGUCUUCCACAGAUGGGGAACUCAAGACUCGGAGAGGCUGAGAGAUUUGACCAGGCAUACAGCUAGUAAUUAGGAGAGUCAGGAUGGAAAUCUGGGUCUACCUGACUUUCAAACUUUCUCCAGUUGAACUGCUCUCUGUUUGGAAGGUGUAACGGAAGUGGGGAAUCAUUUAUAAGCUAGAUUAUAAAAGUCUGAUUGAAUGUUAAUACAGUAUUAGCACUAGGUGCCCAGUAAGGAUGUUUCACAGGAGGACACAGAAGGCGGGCACAUUUCUGAACUAGGACCAUUGUAGGCUAGAGAGGUGGUUUUCAUCCCAGGUGGGGCUUACCUCUAUGAAGAGUAAAUAAAUCAACUUCAAUAUGGGCAUUUUUGACGUGCGAAUGGAUGAGGUGAGAUAAGAGAAUGGACUGAAAGAGGGUGAAGGCAUGAAGACAAGGGGAUUAUUCCAAUAAAGUACUGAUUACAAAAUGAGACACCAGGAAACCUAACAUGUAUACACAUGGAAGAUAAAGUACCUGAUAACUUUUUUUUCUGAAAAAUUUAAUGCUUAAACAAUUCAAAAUUGCUCUAUUAAAUGUGAACAGUUUAAAAAGUGAGCCAUCCAGUGGGCCUUAGAAGUCUUUAUAAUGAGCAAAGCGUAAGCCUUUGUUGUUUGUGCUUGACAGCCCUGCAGUACUAAGGGGCGAGGUCUGCCAAAGGCCUCAUGGUAGAUAUAUUCGCUAGUUGCCACUGGCUAGUGGUGUCACUGCCCAGCUUCCCUGAGGCCCUGGAGACCAUAGCACCCUCCCUUUCCACAGGACCAGGGCGGGGCCACUGCCCCCCUCAGGCAUCGCAGCCAGCCCCCCUUUUUCUCCCAGAACCUCCCAAUGCCGAGCGUGGGAGGGAAAGUUAUGGCAGGAAGUGGCUGGGUUUAGCACUGUGGAGAAAGAUCUUUACGUGAGGAUAAAUGAAAAGGUUUGAAUGUCUUUCCAAAAGAUUCUUUUAAGACUUUUUUUAAAACAACAUUGGCCCGCAUACUAGAAGCUAUAUGAAAGUUUAAUAUUGAAAUCUGGUAUCUGGCAACUGGUUCUCAUUUGAGUAUCUGUUUAUCAAAUGCUACUUUUGGUCAAAGCUGCUUUUACAUGAUUGAUACUGUUAUCUCUUCUUGAAUGGCAGUUCUAUAUUUUAUAUUAUGUUCCAGUUCAUUUCUAUAAGUCUCUUUGCUUUAUUAAACCUAUUUGUAUAUGAAAAAUGCUAAAAGAAGGUUUCUUUUCUGAUCACUGUCUCAUGUGAGCUCUUUGCAGAUGUUUCGCAUUCAGAAUAAACCUCAGUUGGGACCCAAUCUGUCAACCAACCCUAAAUUCCUAGGUUGCUGAGUUGCAGGUAUUGAUUCUGACUUUUGAAGAUGGAUGAAGGUAUAGAAAUUUCUAGUGAUGGAAAUUCCCUGAUCAAAGCGGUCCAUCAGAGCCGGCUUCGCCUUACAAGACUCUUGCUGGAAGGCGGCGCCUACAUUAAUGAGAGCAAUGACAGAGGGGAAACACCUUUAAUGAUUGCUUGUAAGACCAAACAUGUUGAUCACCAGAGCGUCAGUAAAGCCAAAAUGGUUAAAUACCUAUUAGAAAACAAUGCUGAUCCCAACAUACAGGACAAAUUCGGGAAAACUGCUUUGAUGCAUGCUUGCUUAGAAAAAGCUGGUCCUGAAGUUGUUUCUUUGCUCCUAGAGAGUGGGGCUGACCUCAGCUUGCAAGACCACUCUAGUUACUCGGCCCUUGUUUAUGCUGUGAAUUCAGAAGACAGAGAGACCCUGAAAGUCCUACUUAGUGCUUGCAAGGAAAAAGGGAAAGAGGUCAUUAUCAUAAUGACAGCAAAAUCGCCCUGUGGCAGGCACACGACCAAACAGUACUUAAAUAUGCCUCCUGUGGAUAUGGAUGAGUGUUAUUCCCCAGCCACCUGUGCCACUCCUUCAGCAAUAGACUUAAAAACAGCCUCAUUGCCACUAUCACACUCUUCUGAAACUGAAAUGACACUUUUUGCCUUUAAAGAUCUGGAACCCACAGGAAGCAGGGAUGAUAUGGGGGACCCAAGCUCCCCCUUGAGGAAGCCUUGCGUGGCCCCUAACGGGCCGAAGCUACCUCAGGCUCCACACUGGAUCAAGAGUGCCCCCUCAUUAAAGCACCAGAACAGAGUGGCCUCCUUACAAGAGGAGCUCCAGGAUAUUACUCCAGAGGAAGAAUUAUCCUACAAAACCACUGGGCUGGCACUUUCCAAGCGAUUCGUCACUAGGCACCAAAGUAUUGAUAUAAAAGACACUGCACAUUUGUUAAGAGCCUUUGACCAGGCCAGCUCAAGAAAGAUGUCAUCUGAGGAAAUAAAUUAUCAAUCAUUGUUUUCUGAAGGAAAUCAGCAAUGCGUUGGCAUCCCAGUUGACCGGGACCCAGACUCUAACCAGACAAUAUUUACUUCCACCUUAAGAAGUAUAGUUCAAAAAAGAAACUCAGGAGCAAAUCACUAUAGCUCUGAUUCCCAGCUCUCAGCUGGUCUCAUCCCUGCAACUUUAGAUGAUGGCAAAACACUUAUAGGAAAGAAAAAGAUCCUCUCACCAUCUUCUUCUUUGUUGUCAGGAUCCAAAGAAUUGUUGGAGAAUAUCCCACCAGGUCCCCUGAGCAGGAGAAAUCAUGCCCUUUUAGAAAGGCGUGGCUCGGGAGCUUUCCCUUUAGAUCACAGCAUUACACAAACCAGACCAGGAUUUCUGCCACCCUUAAAUGUGAAUCCUCACCCUCCCAUCUCAGAUAUCAAUGUCAGCAACAAGAUUUCCAGCCUUCUUUCUUGUGGUCAAAAAAUGCUUAUGCCAACAGUUCCUAUUUUCCCCAAAGAAUUCAAAAGUAAAAAAAUGUUGUUAAGGAGACAAUCAUUGCAAACAGAACAAAUUAAGCAAUUAGUAAAUUUUUAAGAGACGGCUAGAAAAUACAUUUUGUUCACAUGUCUAUACCAGAGAAAUAUGGAACUAGAGAAGAAAAUUCAAACGUUCAUCCUUUUAAAUCUUUUAAGUGGUUAGCCCAUAAUAGUUAGGGGUAUCAAAAUGUACUGUGUAUCAUCAUAUUAGGCACUGUGGAUAUACAAAUAAUAGAUAGCUUUUGCUAAGGGAAUUCUCUCAAACAAAAUUAAAACUAUUUUUUUCAAAACCUUCAAUAUUUAACAACCUUCAUGUGGUCCAAGUUUUUAAUUUAAACAAAAAUAAGCAAAGAAAGAAGGUCACAUAUGUUGGUGAUAACUUAAAAAAUUUCAGAUUUGCCAAAUAUUUUAUUAGGAAACAUUGUGUUCAAAUCAAUUUUUAAAAAGCAUUUCAUGAUUGUAAUUUUCCAUGAUGCCAACAGCAUAAAAGAAAACAUAAACAGCUAUAAAGUGUUCUAUGAUCAAUAAGCCUAAGCUACAAAGAAAGAAUGAACUAAUUCUUGAAAAAUGUUGACUGCAGGUAGGUGACAAUCUAAUUAACAUUUUAAAAGGUCAACCAUUAUAGUAGAUGAGGCAGCUAUAUGUGUUGUCAGCUUAAUAAGUGUCAAAAAUGGCAGAUCCGAGUUUUAUAAGCUAGUAAUAAUGUGUCAAGUGUUUCUGUGCUGUUUUUUGCUUUUCUUUGUUUUUUAAUGUUAUUUAUGGAAUUCUUCCUUCUCCAUAUCCUUUAAUUCCUGUUAUUGUUUUUUGAAGCUUAUUCAUAGGUUCCCAAUAACAAGAUAAUACAAAAUUUAAAAAGCAUUUCUCAUUUUCUUAUUAUCAAAGUGUUCUUGUCUUUUUAAAGACAACCAAAAAAAAAAGUUUGGGAUUUAUCAUAAAUAGAAACUAAAUGCUUGCUUUGGUUGUAAAAAUGAAAAACUGAUUAUUAGAUUAUCUUAGGUUAGCUAAAAUUAAGAAAGCCAGUAGAAAUUUAAUUACAAAAUGUAUUAAAUAUUCGGUCAAUAUUAAACAAUCUCUUUUUUUCUGAUAUAUAAUUAUUAGACAUUUAUAUAUUAGAAUAAUUAGGAUAAUUUCCUUGUGUGACAGUCCAAUCAUCUAGUAUUUAGGACCUGUGAAUAACUUCUAACAAAGUAAAUGAAUACCAUGCUAGAACCGUAAAAUAUUAUAAAAUGACUAUAUUAUCUAUAUGAUUUCAAAGCAUAGUGUUUAUAGAGAGACCUUAUUUCAAUCUAGCAGUUUUACAACAAAGAAUAAAUCAAACCAUACAAAACCUGAGUGUAUUAAUUUGAGAUCCUAGCAACUGGCAUGAUGCUUUUCUUCACAAUUUGAUAUAAGCAAGUUGUUAUGUACAUAGUAAUUAUUUAAUUUCUUGUGGCUUUUAUUUGAAAAAGUAACUGUAAGUUUUCCAUUUAAUGUUUUGAAAAACAUUAAUAUUAAUUGCACUAGAAGUAUUUUUUGAUUCAGAACUUAGAAUUGUACCUGAUGUUUAUAGGUAACCUUAACCCUUUUCGCAAGUUUUAAUAUUGAGAAAAGUUCUUGGCUUUACAUUUUAAGGGUACAGUUUGGAAGAAUAUGUAGCUAGAUUAGUUCAUAAACAAAAUGGUAUCAUUAAAGAUUUAAAUGCCAUUUGGGGUAUCAGUGAUUUUUACUUACCUCAAAUACUAAUGAUAAAUAUUUCAACAUAAUCUGAAGAGAAAUUGUGCCACGUAUAUUACUUUGAGUAAAUAGAAAACUAAGAAAGAAUAACAUUUGUUGCUAUUCUCAUCCCAACAUGAAAAGAAUAUUUAAUAGGAUUAAAACAUUGUUGGCCAUAUUUGGAAGAAUUUUUAGUCUUGUGUCAAUCCUAGGAACAUUUUAGGGGCUGUGGUUGUUUGAGCUUAGUUGUAAAGUCAUCCUGUGGGACUCAAUUGAGAUUAGACAGCUGACUUUAAGUACUGAAAGGACUGAUGACUGACUUAGUCUGAAUCCUCCAGAUUAAGAAAAACUAGAACCAGAAAUUUGAAGUUACAGAAAUAUUUCAACUCUUUUACCUACUAGAGCUGUCCAUCUAUGGAAAAGUCUAUCCUAGGAAGAUAAGAACUACUUUUGGAAAUAGGCUGAGGAUAGAUGUUGAUCAGAGGUUUAACCAAAGAGAUUCUUUUUAUUAAAGAAUCUUUAAAGUCUUUUCAAUUUUGAAGGUUGUUUGAGACAGGCUUUACUUAUUAACAAUUCUAGAUUCAUUGGGACAAGUUGAAAACUCAUGAUUGAAAUUACAUUUUUAAAAACAUCUUUAUUGGAGUGUCAUUGCUUUACAAUGUUGUGUUAGUUUCUGCUGUAUAACAAAGUGAAUCAGCUAUACAUACACAUAUAUCCCCAUAUCCCCCCCCCUUGCACCUCCCUCCCACUAUUCCGAUCCCACCCCUCUAGGCGGUCACAAAGCAUGGAGCUGAUCUCCCUGUAAUAUGCAGCUGCUUCCCACUAGCUAUCUGUUUUACAUUUGGUAGUGUAUAUAUGUCAAUGCUACUCUCUCACUUUGUCCCAGCUUACCCUUCUCCCUCCCUGUGUCCUCAAGUCCAUUUUCUACGUCUGCAUCUUUAUUCGUAUCCUGUCCCUAGGUUCAUCAGAGCCAAUUGUUUACUUUAGAUUCCAUAUAUAUGUUAGCAUACGGUAUUUGUUUUUCUCUUUCUGACUUAACUUCACUCCAUAUGACAGACUCUAGGUCCAUCCACCUCACUACAAAUAGUUCAAUUUCAUUUCUUUUUAUGGCUGAGUAAUAUUCCAUUGUAUAUAUGUGCCACAUGUUCUUUAUCCAUUCAUCAGUGGACACUUAGGUUGCUUCCAUGUCCUGGCUAUUGUAAAUAGUGCUGCAGUGAACAUUGUGGUACAUGUCUCUUUUUGAAUUAUGGUUUUCUCAGGGUAUAUGCCCAGCAGUGGGAUUGCUAGGUCAUACGGUAGUUCUAUUUUUCGAUUUUUAAGGAACUUGCAUACUGUUCUCCAUAGUGGCUAUAUCAAUUUACAUUCCCACCAACAGUGCAAGAGGUUUCCCUUUUCUCCACACCCUCUCCAACAUUUAUUGUUUGCAGAUUUUUUGAUAAUGGCCAUUCUGACCUGUGUGAGAUGAUAUCUCAUUGUAGUUUUGAUUUGCAUUUCUCUAAUGAUUAGUGAUGUUGAGCAUCCUUUCAUGUGUUUGUUGACGAUCUGUAUAUCUUCUUUGGAGAAACGUCUAUUCAGGUCUUCUGCCCAUUUUUGGAUUGGGUUGUUUUUUUGAUAUUGAGCUGCAUGAGAUGCUUGUAUAUUUUGGAUAUUAAACCUUUGUCUGUUGCUUCAUUUGCAAAUAUUUUCUCCCAUUCUGAGGGUUGUUUUUUUGUCUUGUUUAUGGUUUCCUUUGCUGUGCAAAAGCUUUUAAGUUUCAUUAGGUCCCAUUUGUUUAUUUUUGAUUUUAUUUCCAUCUUUCUAGGAGGUCAACAAGGAUCUUGCUGUGAUUUAUGUCAUAGAGUGUUCUGCCUAUGUUUUCCUCUAAGAGUUUUAUAGUGUCUGGCCUUACAUUUAGGUCUUUAAUCCAGUUUGAGUUUAUUUUUGUGUGUGGUGUUAGGGAGUGUUCUAAUUUCAUUCUUUUACAUGUCACUGUCCAGUUUUCCCAGCACCACUUAUUGAAAAGGCUGUAUUUUCUCCAUUGUAUAUUCUUGCCUCCUUUAUCAAAGAUAAGGUGACCAUAUGCGCGUCGGUUUAUCUCUGGGCUUUCUAUCCUGUUCCAUUGAUCUAUAUUUCUGUUUUUGUGCCAGUACCAUACUGUAUUGAUUACUGUAGCUUUGUAGUAUAGUCUGAAGUCCAGGAGCCUGAUUCCUCCAGCUCCAUUUUUCAUUCUCAAUAUUGCUUUGGCUAUUUGGGGUCUUUUGUGUUGCCAUACAAAUUGUGAAAUUUUUUGUUCUAGUUCUGUGAAAAAUGUCCUUGGUAGUUCGAUAGGGAUUGCACCAAAUCUGUAGAUUGUCUUGGGUAGUAGAGUCAUUUUCACAACGUUGAUUUUUCCAAUCCAAGAACAUGGUAUAUCUCUCCAUCUGUUUGUAUCAUCAUUAAUUUCUUUAAUCAGUGUCUUACAGGUCUUUUGUCUCCUUAGGUGGGUUUAUUCCUAGGUAUUUUAUUCUUUUUGUUGCAGUGGUAAAUGGGAGUGUUUCCUUAAUUUCGCGUUCAGAUUUUUCAUCAUUAGUGUAUAGGAAUGCAAGAGAUUUCUGUACAUUAAUUUUGUAUCCUGCUACUUUACCAGAUUCAUUGAUUAGCUCUAGUAGUUUUCUGGUAGCAUGGUUAGGAUUCUGUAUGUAUAGUAUCAUGUCAUCUGCAAACAGUGACAGUUUUACUUCUUCUUUUCUGAUUUGGAUUCCUUUUAUUUCCUUUUCUUCUCUGAUUGCUGUGGCUAAAAAUUCCAAAACUAUGUUGAAUAAUAGUGGUGAGAGUGGGCAGCCUUGUCUUGUUCCUGAGCUUAUAGGAAAUGGUUUCAGUUUUUCACCAUUGAGAACAAUGUUGGCUGUGGGUUUGUCAUGUAUGGCCUUUAUUAUUUUGAGGUAAGUUCCCUCGAUGCCUACUUUCUGGAGGGUUUUUAUCAUAAACGGGUGUUGAAUUUUGUCAAAAGCUUUUUCUGCACAUAUUGAGAUUAUCAUAUGGUUUUUAUCCUUCAAUUUGUUAAUAUGGUGUAUCACAUUGGAAAUUACAUUUUUGAAUUUCAAUCAUCCACAUGACUUCUUAGCUUUAUUUUCACAAUUAUGAAGUGUUAGUUUUAGUGGCACAAAUUUAAAUUUUGAUUGUUAGGCAACACAUUUCAAAACGGAUCUUCUCCAUUUCCAAAAAAAAAAAAAAAAAUUGCUAUAUUAUCCCUGCAGCUGUGGGUCCUAUAAAUAUGAAGAAUCUGACAUCCAAGGGAAGAACAGUUCCACCAAGGGAUUCUAUCACUGUCUUCUGAAAUGGAAACUGUGAUAACCAUCUAGUCAUCCCAGGCUCCUUCAUAAGAGAAAAAGGGGUCAUUACGUUCGUUGAAAUAAUUCUCAGUACCACAAAUAGGAGCUAGAAGGAAUAUGGGUGGAACUUGAGCAAUUCACUGGGGACUCCCUUGUAUUAUCAUAGCCAGUGGUAAAUAUAGGUUAUCACAAUCCCACACAGGCAGAAGCAUCAAUGCCUCAGAAUUCUCAAGAAUGAAGAGAUGGGGGUACACCACCAGGUACAUUCUUGACAUUUCUGCCCAAAGCUGUUGGAAGGGGCAGCCUAAGGUGUCAUAUGACCCCACUGGUUCCCUUCCUCUCCAACAGUAAAGUGGACCAAGGAUGGACAAGUGACUGAAAGGAACAAACUGGGAUGAACCAAUGGGGCUUUCUCUCAGUAAUCUAAAUUUGUUCUGUGGAGCACUGAAGUCCAUGACCUCCCACUGCUGAGGACCCUGUCUUAGUUCUUGCCUAGGACAGUGGUCUUAGUUCUUAGCCUUCCUGCAGUCUAGAUGUUCAGCUUUUCCCUAAAUUUUCUGGAUAUGUCUCCUUAUGGUAACUUCCUCCCUAGCCUCAGUUAUUGGAGUUAAUUUGAGUAGGAUUCUAUUAUUGCAUCUGAAAUGUCUCUGACCAAGACAGUACCUAAAGCAGUAUCAGUUGGAUCAAAAUGGAAAAUAUGGUCCAGAAAUAAGAUAAUCAUUAUAAGAACAAGGACUGCAUGGCUCACACAAUGAAAGUUCCAACACAUAGGGCAGCUUUGGCACCUAAGGAUUCAGCUUUGAGGAGUAUCAGGAGACAGUAUCUUCAUCAGUGACCAUAGCAUGUCACAUAGGCUCUUUAGAACAACGCCUGGCAUAUAGUAUGCACUCCAAAUUUUUGUUGCUUCUUAUCAUCAUAAAUAUGAUAAAGAAUUUUGAAAAACUAGAAAACUUUGAUAAAUUGGUGAGACAAUGGUUAUAAUUAUUCUCUUUCCCCUACAAAGUUACAAAUAGGUCAUUUAUUUAAUACAUCCCUUUUAACUCAAAAACAACUUAAAUAUACUUUUGUACUGUUUGAAUUUUUAAAAACCACCUGCAUAUAUAUUUUUUCAAUUUAAAGACUAAUAGAGAAUUCCCUGGCAGCCCAGUGGUUAGGAUGCUGAGCUUUCACUGCUGAGGGCCUGGGUUCGACCCCUGGUCAGGGAACUAAGAUCCCACAAGCCGUGCA